UGGAAGGGGAAGGGGAAUGACUACAAAUCCCAGAAGGCCGCGCGACCUCAGCAGCGGGCCCUUCAGUUCCCCGGGCGACUCCUCUGUCAGGAGCUGGGCCCCUGGCGGCCUCGGGGUCCCAUAGUGGCCACCGCGUUCUGUACAUUGCUUUCGGCGUCCUCCUUCUCACCCUGAGGCCGCCGCCAUGAAGGAUUCGCUGGUGUUGCGGAGCCGCGUCCCGGCACACCCAGACUCCCGCUGCUGGUUCCUGGCCUGGAACCCCACGGGGGCCCUGCUGGCCUCGUGCGGCGGCGACCGUAAAAUCCGCAUCUGGGGCACCGAGGGUAACAGCUGGGUUUGCAAGUCUGUCCUUUCUGAAGGCCACCAGCGCACUGUUCGGAAAGUGGCAUGGUCCCCCUGUGGAAACUACCUGGCCUCUGCCAGCUUUGAUGCUGUCACUUGUAUUUGGAAGAAGAACCAGGAUGACUUUGAGUGUGUAACCACUCUCGAGGGCCACGAAAAUGAGGUCAAGUCAGUGGCUUGGGCUCCGUCUGGCAACCUCUUGGCUACCUGCAGCAGAGAUAAGAGGUCAGCUCUUUUUUCUCCCACAGUUGACGAAGAGGAUGAAUAUGAGUGUGUCAGUGUCCUCAACUCUCACACACAGGACGUCAAACACGUGGUUUGGCACCCAACCCAGGAGCUUUUAGCUUCCGCCAGCUAUGAUGACACAGUGAAGUUGUACCAGGAAGAAGGAGAUGACUGGGUCUGCUGUGCCACCCUUGAAGGUCAUGAGUCCACUGUAUGGAGCUUGGCCUUCGACCCCAGUGGCCAGAGGCUGGCAUCCUGCAGUGAUGACCGUACUGUGCGCAUUUGGCGCCAGUAUCUACCAGGCAAUGAACAAGGGGUAGCAUGCAGUGGCUCCGACCCCAGCUGGAAAUGUAUCUGCACUUUGUCAGGCUUCCACACCAGGACCAUUUAUGACGUUGCUUGGUGUCAGCUGACAGGGGCCCUGGCUACAGCUUGUGGGGACGAUGCCAUCCGAGUGUUUGAGGAGGAUCCCGGCUCAGAUCCACAGCAGCCUACCUUCUCUCUGACAGCUCAUAUGCGCCAGGCUCACUCCCAGGAUGUCAACUGUGUGGCUUGGAAUCCCAAGGAGCCAGGGCUCCUGGCCUCUUGUAGUGAUGAUGGGGAGGUGGCCUUCUGGGAGUAUCACCAUCCUGCAGGCCUCUGAACUAUAGUGUGACUUGCCAAGACUUUCCUAGUCACCGAGAGGACCUGAAGGAUCCUUGAUCUACAUUUAGCUUUAUGCCUUGUUUGGAUGUGUAGAAGCCACAGGACCAUUCACUGUUUCCCUUAAUUGGUGUGAGGGAGCCAUGGGACAGAGCCAUGGAACAGAAGUAUGUUGUAUUACAAAUUUUGCUUGAUUUAGGGCAUGGGGUUACAUUUUGGGAUAAAUAUAGUAUUUAUAAUCACGAUGUAUGUACAGGGAAGAAUGUGUCUGAGAACUUUCUGAAAUUGUGAGCUUUAUAGAAAUAAUCCAUCUGUGCCACACUUCCUGUUUUGUAACUAAAGUCAUUUAUCAUUUAUAAUUCCACUGUUUGAAAUAGGUCCCACUUUCGCAAUUUCUAAAAGUCCUUGCAUUUAAGACAUUCUAGCCAGUUGUGGCGUCUUCCUAGUACUCAGUAAGCAAAGACAGAAUGAUCAGAAGCUCAAGGUUAUCUUUGGCUACAUAGCAAGUUUAAAGCUAGCCUGGGAUAUACGAGACCCUUUCUCAACAAGCAAAAAGAUGUUCAAAGUUUGUUCAGAGUAAAAGAAUGCCACUGUUCUUCCUUAGAAACUGUCAUAUGCCUCUUGAGACAUUAUGCUGUGGUGGCAACUGAAGCCCCCAAAAGAGAGAACUAGUUUUCAGUGAGGGCAGAAAACAUUAUGACAAUAGCUUGUGGCCCUCUUUAAAAACAGCAGGCUGGGUAUGGUGGCACAUACCUAUAAUCCACUACUCAGGAGGCUGACCAAGCUGAUCUACAAAAUGACAACCAGGAAGAGAGCUGUCUCAAAAAAAAAAUGAAAAAAGUAAAAGACGAUUGUGUGUGUGCUGCCAAUCUGUGGUGUUUUUCAGGCUAAAGCCUUUUAAGGCCUUUUUGGUUUUGUUUUAGUGUUUUGUUGUUGUUUGAGACAGGGUUUCUGUGUGUAGUCCUAGCAGUCCUGGAAGUUACUCUGCAGAACAGGCUGGCCUCACGAAGAUCUGCCUGCUUCUGCCUCCUGAGUGCUGGGAUUAAAAGUGUGCACCACCACCAUCAAGCCUAAUAAGUAUAAUAAAGAGUGGUGAGGAUUGUCUCCAAAGCUGGAGCCUUCAUUUAAUUUUUGAUACUGUACAAUUUGACCUUAGAUAACUUUUGAGAGACAUCAGAAGCAGGAUCCAAAGCAGUAGUGGCUACAGUCAUCUGCAGAUCCCUGGGAGUCUUAGGACCCUUGUAGAGUCAACACUAUCACACGGUCAAGCAGUGGCACCAGUUAAAUAGGCAUCAGUCUUCACUGUCGUGUUCCCACAGUAGGAAUGGAGCCAGCUUCUUAGACAAGAAAGAUGACUAAUUAUUAUUAAACAUUGACCCUUGAGAACACUUGUCAUACUGACAAACAAGAAAAUUCCAUCCAGUCCCUCUGUAAUGAUUAAGGUGGACUUAAGGAAGAGCAGCUGGACAUUUGUUGCAAGCCAAGAUAGCUAUUUAUGGCAUGCCAUUUUUUUUUUUUACCAGAACUAGAAAAUUACAGCAUUUAGGCUUUGCUAUUUUAGCUGUGACUCUCAAAAAUGAACACAUUGAACCUUUCACUAAUGAUAAAUGUUUAUCUGAAAACUUGUAACAAACUUUAGUGGUGAUGAAGUUAGCAAUUGAGUAGUGAACUUUGUAGGUAUAUGGAGAGUUGUGCAAUUUCAUGGGUCAGUCUCCAAAUGAACCAUGUACUGAUGUGGUUGGUCAUUUGGAGAAUGUUACAUUCAGAGAGUGACUCUAAGAUGAGGCAGUACAAGAUGCAUGGAUGCAGCUGUAGACCCUAGAUUGCCUUUAGGAAACUUCCAGUUAUGUGAAAACCCUUCUCUUUCCUCUGAAGCUGUUUCAACUCGACCGCACGAUAGACAGCACAGAAGCGGCUAAAGACCCUAACUGGCUUCUGUUAAGCCAGAUGUAAAGUGACUGCAGCACUGUAUCACGCUACUCUUCUUCCAGAAUUUAUUUUUCCUAAAAUAUGCUAAUGAAGUUAUUUUGAAAUGGACUGCCUUGAUUUUCCAUAUAACAAGCGUCAAUGAAUAUAACCUAGAUAAUAAAAGCUUUCGAGGCUC